AUGUCCAAAUCUAUCUUAGAUCUUGAAGAAACACGAGAAAAACGUGAUAUUACAUUUGAAAAAAGUAUAAAAAAUUUACAAAAUGAAUUUACAACAUUAAUAUCGUCAGAUUGUUAUUAUUUCACACAAGAAAUAUGCGAUCAAAUUAAAAAUAUAAAUCAUGCAUUGAACAACAUUAAAUUAGAUCAUGAAUUUCAAGUUGGAUCUAAACAAUGGGCUAAACAAUUUGAUUCUGAAAAACUGAAACAAAAUGAAAAAGCUGUAAGUGAUCUCAUUAGAAAGGGACAUGAUCUUACUGGACAAUUUAAAAUGUAUUUACGUAAAGAUCUUGUUCAAACAAAAGAGGAAAAUCAACUAAGAGAACUUCACAGUUGGGCUCGCGACAACCUUUUGGAAUAUUUUCGAGCAAUUCAUCCUCAUGCUGUGAGUUCUCAUUCUCGACUUGAUAACUUGGCGCAUCACUUAGGCGUAACCGAUCGUUACGUUGGAUACCGUAAUAACUUGACACGUGGCGCAGGUAAUGUAUUUGACACUCAUCUUACAUGGGCCGAUAGAAAAUUAUCAGGAUUAAAAACAGCCGGACAAUUGACACCUGAUUGGAAACGCUGGACACAUGCGUUUCGACACUAUGGUCCAUCUGCAACAAAUGCACAUAUAAUUCAGUCAACUGCAUGUGACAAUGUUCAACGAUCAAAUAGCAUGUAUGGUAAUCAAAAAACAUUAGGCUAUUUAGAAUCGGGCAAGAGACAACAAUUAUCAGAAUUUAAACGUCCAAGCACAACGCCUGUGACAUCUCGUAGUUGUGCAAAUUUUUACCAUCAAAAUCAGUCUCAAGAUUCAGAAUCAAUUGCACGAAAGGCGGGUAUUAAUCCAUACUUUCCAGGAAGCAGUGAAUAUAUGGAUCGUUAUAAAAAACAGGAAGGAUUUCAAUAUUCACCAUUCAUUAUCAAUCCACAGCCCGAUUUUACUCUACAAGGACGACCAUUAACCUAUUUAGAGCCUGAUUCGUUAUGUUCAGAAUAUAAUGUUCGAUACGCAUGGCCAGAUGCUUCAAAGAUCGAAAAGUUUCCUUGGUUACGUUAUUCGUGA